CAAUGUGAGUUUAACGUUGUGAAAUGUUUGAUACAUUCAUGUCAAAACAACUUUGAGCUGUAAAAUUCCACUAGACUCACUUUUAUCAGACACUGCCAUCUGCUGGAUGCUGGGAGUUUUGAUAUUUUUUCUUAAAAAUAGAAUCCAUUAUGAUUAUAUUCCAUUACAUUUGUUCUUACAUUGCAUUCAGGUUUAUUCCUUUUUAAGAAUGGUAUGAAUAAUAUAAUUGCAUUCGUGCCUUUGAGCUGAAUGCCUAAUUGGUGUAGUGGUCUAAAAGUAGGCUGAUAAUAAAACGAUAGUGUCAACAACCAGAUAGCCUACACAUAAGCACUGUUUCAUUGGUUUUCUUCUUCUUUUUUACAAGGUUGUUUAUAUCAUCAUCAUCAUAACCUUUUAAAGUUCCAAGAGCAGGAGUCAAGGGGCGGAGCACAGCGAUUCCAGAGCAACCCGUUGUCAUUUCCUCUUCCUGGUCUUCAGUAAGUUUCACUUUCUCCCUGCUGAGAAGUCAGAGCUGGUCACCGUCAGCAAGCAGUUUGGUCUUCAUCUGGCUGGAGCUACAAACUUCAAACUUGUUACCUGUAAGUCCACUUGAGGAAGUGAGUGUCUGAUGCGGACAGUGCAGCGGGCAACUCGACCAGAUCAGGUUGGACAUAAACUUGUCUGUGAGGACAGCUGUGUUUGUCAUAACUGCGAUGUUUACGCCAUACAUGUUGUUGUUCCACUCCUCGUUUCAGGUGUAAUUAUGGCCUCUGAAGUUAUACCGAGAGUCGAUUUGAAAGAGGCGGAAGAACUGGCCCUCUCUCUGAGUGACGCCCUCAACAGUGGGGACGGACAGGAAGCGGUCCAACUUUGCCAGAAACUGUCCCAACUACCUGUCCCAGUGUCCGUCAGCGUCAACAGUGAAGCCUACCCUCAGGACUCCAUAAGGUUGCGGGUCGGAGUGGAGGAUGCUCAUUCAGAUACCGUCAUCCCAGUGACUGCUGUGGUUUCUACCGACAUGACAAUUGCACAACUUAAAGAAAAGAUAAGCAAUGACUUUGGGUUCCUCCCCUUGCUGCAGCGCUGGGUGAUCGGAAAGCGGUUGGCUCAAGACCGGGAGACGUUGUACAGCCACGGUGUCCGUCAGGACGGAGACCAGGCCUUCCUGUUCAUCCUGUCUGCCAAUUCUACUCAACUGACACUGCAUCAGCACAAGCAUGACCAGGAGCAACAACGCAUAGAGGGCAUCAUGGAGUCCAUGCAACUUUUACCCAGAGGGCUGGGCAGAGGUGGUCGUGGUGGUGAGAAGAAGACAGCUGCUCUUCCCGAGACUCAACACAUUCCUCCUCCUCCUCCUAAACCAGCGGUGCCGGCUAAACCUCAGUUUGGCUGGCCCUGCCCUAUAUGUACGUUCUUGAACAAACCAACGCGUCCCGGCUGUGAGAUGUGUGGAGGAGAUCGGCCGGAGGGUUACCAGGUGCCUGACAUCUACCAGCCGGACCAGCAGGAGGUUCUUCGAAUUCAGCAGGAAAGCCUGGCCAUGUUGCAGUACGAAGAGGCUCAGCAGGAGGAGCGACAGAGGAACUUCCUGCAUUUGUUGGCAACAGAAGACAAGAACCUUAUCCCCAACACCACAGAGGUAGACUGUCCCAUCUGCUUCUCUCCCCUGGCGGCAGAGGAGGGCAUCGUGCUCAGAGAGUGUCUACACACCUUCUGCAGUGAUUGUCUAAAAGCGACAAUAGUGAACAGUCAAGAUGCUGAGGUGUCCUGUCCUGAGAAAUGUGACAGCAAGCUGCUGGACCGAGAGAUCAAAGCGCUGCUCACAGAAGAGGAGCACCAGCGCUUUCUGGAGUUGCGUCUGAGCAUCGCAGAAAGCCGCUCCGAGCACAGCUUCCACUGUCAGACUCCCAACUGUCGAGGGUGGUGCAUCUACGAAGAUGAAGUCAAUGAGUUCCACUGUGAACUCUGCGAUGAGACCAACUGCAUUCUCUGCAGGGCCAUCCAUGAUGACAUGAACUGCAAGGACUACCAGGAUGACCUGCGCACCCGAGCAGAGAACGACCUGGCGGCUCAGCAAACUAAGAAGAUGCUGGAGAGUCUGCUGCAGAAUGGGGAGGCCAUGAAAUGUCCACGGUGUGACAUCAUCAUCCAGAAAAAAGAUGGCUGUGAUUGGAUCUGCUGUUUGAUGUGCAAAACAGAAAUCUGCUGGGUCACCAAACAAGCUCGCUGGGGACCAAAUGGUAAUGGCGACAUAUCUGGGGGCUGUAGAUGCCGAGUCAAUAAUCAGCCUUGCCAUCCCAACUGCCAAAAUUGCCACUGAGGGAAGCACACUAAUGAAGACGCAGAGGAAAAGCAGAUUAACUUAAUGCUGGCUACGUGAACGUGUUCAAGACACUGUACAGGAGUUGUCUUGUCAUUGAGGCACAGCUUUCUUUGUUGCACUGUAAAAAUUAUGCAAUGUAAAUGCUACAUACAAGCUAUGCAAACUUUUAAGCUAUAUCUUCCACUUCUCCUCCGCUGAGGAUUCUAACUGUCAGUGUGAGAUUAGUGGGAUCUUCUGAUAAAAUAAUACUUUGUUGUUGUACAUUAAUAAGCAUUCAUAAAUCACAUGUUGACCUCUGGCUACUGCUUUCAUAGCAAAAAGGUUUGAUGAGCCAGCAAUCAUAUUGCUACCAGUUUAAUUCUAAACUUUGAUAGGAUAAAGCUCUGAAAGUGACUUUUGUUUUCAUCUAUAAAUAUGUAAAACAAAAAGGCUAAUACUCAAAUUCAUAAAAUAAGCAAACAAUCCAUAAAUAAUUAAUUCACGUCAUUUUUUCACAUGAAUAAUUUGACUGUUUUUUGCCACUCAUCGUUUAGUCUAUACCAGAUCUACAGACAAGAGUGUUACGAUUGCUGUUUACCAAAGUACCUUUCUGAAGUAAACUGACCAAAAGGUUUAUUUUGAAGUUGUAACCAGGGUGUAUUUGCUGUUUUUUCUUCAAAAUGUGACCAAAAUAAGAAUGUGUUAUCUGCACUAUAAGAGCAAUAGAUUUACUUUGUCGACUAAUGAGAAGGAAGUUGUUUACAUUAAAUGAAUGUGUUCAAAGCUAGUCUGCUGCACUUGAUAAUAACUGUAAUCAUGUGCAUUUAUCCCAUCCUGAGUAUUGAGCAGCGGUAGGCUGCUGUAAAGCGCUCGGGGAUUGGUGUCUCGCUCAAGGACACUUAGACAGUAGGGGCCAGGGAUCAAACUGUCAACCUUGUGGUUAAAUCAACACCCGCUGUACCGAACGAGCUACAGCCGCCGAAACAUGGCGCUGUGGACAAAUAACGAUGCUGUACUUUUGUCAGGCAUUUGAGUACUUAAGUGUUGUUUAUGUCUUGUAUCCAUGAAGUUUGUUUGGCUCCACCUCCACAUUUUUUUAAAGUGACAGGCCUCAACUCUAAUAAACUGGAACUGCAAGCAUA